AUGUCAAGACAUGGUACUAGGACAACGGGAUCCAGUAUUUCUGCAUCCUCUGUGGUGGCUGACCCAGAGCUACCCAUGGACAUCCAGAUCAUUGUGGAAUCAAGACCCGAGUCUAUCCACCACGAUUUCGAUGGCUUUGAUAGCCAGACAUAUAAAGGUUUUUGGCUUCUAUCUGACGAAGAGGCGUUGGCCCUCGAAAGUUGGAAUAAACUUGAAUUUGAAAGACAGAAUAGAUUGUUUGAAUAUUUUAUUAACCUUCAGAGGAUAAGAUUCAACAUGAAACGGAUGGUUUUUCAUUACGGACCCGCAUUUGAGGGAUACAAGGAUCGUACUCCUAACCAAUCAGACGACUACCAAAAGACAUUUACACCCAUAAAAGCAUUGUACGAGUAUAUCGAUAAGCUCGUACUAAAAAAGCUCAAGCCAGCCUACGAAGGCCAUAUGUUCGUCAAUGAUCAAUAUAUUUUGGAGGUGUCAACUAAAUGGUUUUCAAACGUGGCUGCAAAGUAUGACUACAUUUCAAGGGGCGUGGUGUACUUGGCAAGGCUUUCAGCAAGUGAUACCGUGAGAGAAUGGAUCGCAGAUGUGGAGAAGACAGAUGAACUUGCCAUUUCGAAUAGAUUUGCACCAUCUGCAAAAGAACUUUUCUGUUCCUACUUCAUCAAACUCUUCACACCUUUAGCCCUCAUAUUUAAAGAUCUCAUUAAAUUAUAUGCCAAGAUGAACAAAACCGAGUUGGAAGAGCUGGCUAAGAAGUUGGAUGAGAUACUUGGCAAGAUCAAUACCACGUCGGAUUAUACCGCUGAUCUAGAUAACAAGAUUUCCUUAAACGAGCAGCUGGUCUGCGCGGACUACUUGUAUCUUGAAAUGGUAAAUUUAUUUGAUAAGGAAAGACGUCUCAAUCCUGCCAAUCUGGAGAUGGAGACCAAAUACGGUGUCACAUGGAUUAAGUGCAAGUUGGUUCUUUGCGAUAAUUAUUUGCUCCCUUUACUUGAGAAAAAGCAUAAAGACACCAAUCUCUUUCUUUCUAAACCUCCAAUUCCUUUGCAAUACCUUUCAUACAAAGUCUUGGAACCAGAGGAAAAAUCAGAUACUUUGCAAUUGGUUAUCAUAGAUUCUGGUAAUAAGAUCACUCAUACUUUCCGUGCUUUAAGAAGCCAAAAAAUGGCUUCAAUUAUGUUGAAGACGUUUACCAGAGAUUUAAAUAGAAACAGAAAUGCGUUGUUUGUAAAGCUUACAGAUGCGACUCCUUAUCAUUUGGAGUUGAUCAACGGAUGCUCUUUUGUUUCUCAUAUUCAGCAGGACGAAUAUGCACUGCCAUCGGAUUCUGACGGACACGAUUUGGUGAAGCGUUCACUUGAUAAGUCAAAUGAAGCUUCAGAUAUCAAAUCGAAAUCUGCGCGCCCACUUUCAACAACGGAACCAUCAUGUGCCGACAUAUUUUCAUACGGUGGACAGAGUUUCAUUGCAGUUGGAGCUUAUGAUGGUAUUUACAUUGGUCAAGAGAAUAAUCCUGCCUCUUGGAGACGCGUAUGUGAAGUGGCGAGGGUAAGAAAACUUGACGUUCUUGACAACCAAAUGAUGCUAUGCCAUUGUGGCGAGAAGCUAUAUGAAUGUCCGGUAACUGAAAUGAUGACUGCAUACACCGGGUUGAAUCUAUGCGAUAAACUGUUGAUUGAAAUUCAGAAGCACUGCAAAGGAUAUGAAUUGGGGCCACAGAAGUUGCGCAACGGUCCGGUGGUGGCAAGCUCUCGAUAUUUAUUCUGCUGGAAAGAUAGAAAGAUAAGGUAUUCUCCGAUGGCGAGGGAAAACAAAUGGUUACCGAUUUUCAAAUCAAUGAGAGCUACUUUCAAUGUCGUGGGAAUGUCUGUUCUGUAUCCUGACAACUUUUCCAUUCUGCAUUUUACAGAAGAUAUGCCCAUAUUCUAUCUAUCGAACCUAAACGCUUUCACUAAUACUCAGAUGCCGAAAGUUGAUGGCGAUACCGAGAUGCUAAUACGUCAAAAGAAUCAAAAGCCUGUUGGUGUAUUCAAAUUUGGCGGUGUUACACCCAAGGAUUACGAGAUGAUACUAGUCUACACAAGCUACUUCAUCAUUGUGAGCUAUGAUUCGAAUAGUCGAACAUUUCUGAGGUCAAGAAACGAGAUUAUGAGGUUCAACUUCGAGUGUCAAGAAGCCGCCUUUGAUCCGCAAGAAAAUGCCCUUUUCGCUUGUGGCUCUAGAAGUUUAGAAAUAUGGAGAAUUCCACCUAGAAAAGAGAUCCGUAGUGAUGGAGAUGCUCGGCCAGAGUUGGUGACAAUUGUUCUGGGACAUAAUGUCAAACUACUCAAUAAGACCCCAGAGAAAGUGAUUGUGAGUUUGAUGAGGGGUGAAAACAACGAUAGUACAAAUAGGCUGAUAUUUCGUGUCAGACGUGAUGGUAGAAAGAAAGCCCCAAGUUAG